CAUUUUCUCCACAAAAACUACACUAAAAAUGAUGUACAACAUAACACAAAAACAAAACCAAAUUUCAAGAACAAGUCCAUCAACACCUCUAAAUAUGUUGAACAAAAAUUCACAAAAUAUAUCCAAAUUGAAGCCAAAAAUUCGAAUAAUUCAUAUAUUUGCACCUGAGAUUAUCAAAACAGACGCAGCGAAUUUUCGAGAACUUGUUCAAAGACUCACAGGUAAGCCAUCAGAGAUCAAGAAAAGAUCAAGAAUUGGUAGUACUAAAAAAUUAGUUCCAAAAAAAUUGGAACUAAUUAAGGGUGGAUAUAAUUGUAAUUAUCCAUCAGAGUUAAUUAUGAGAGAAAAGAUUAAAGGUGAAGAACAAGAAGAUAUAUGGAGAAAUGCUAAUUAUGGUGGAGGAUUUUUGGGUGGAUUUCAAGAAUUUGAUGGUUUUAUGCAAGAUUUUAAUCAAAUUCCAUUACUCCCUUUGGAUACUAAUAAUACUACUAAUAAUCAUUUGGAUGGUUAUGGAGAAUCUCCACUAGCUAUUCAGAUAAGUGAUACGUGAAUUGCUCAGAAAAAGUUGAUUUGAUAAACGGAUUGAGAUGAUGCGUGAGACAGUUCGAUUUUCUAGACCUAUAUUUAACUUGAGAGAGAGGAAUUUAAUUUGAUUUAUUGAUGUUAGGCUAAUGAGUAGUAUUAAUUUGUUUAAUUUUUUCUAAUUUUUUGUUGUUGUUGUUUCAUUGUGUUUUUUAGAGUUUAACUUAAUUAAUUAGUCUUAUUGGUUAAUCCAAUUCUUGAUCAUUAUUCCCAAUCUUCUUUUCUGGAUAAUUAAAUCAUGUUGAAGUAUCUUCAAUUAUGUUAA